UAUAUAUAUAUCCCCGGUCGAGAAGGACAAAUCGAUCGCCGUCGCCACACACCCGUCUUCGAGUUCUUCUCUUCGGAAUAUUCCUCUUGCCUAUCUAGUAGCUAAUCUAAAAGCAACUUGCAUCAAAACCCUCGAACAACACCGACACAAUGAUCCCCCUGCCGUUAAUCGCAGUCGCCUUCUCAUAUAUUACUCCUUUCCUCUUCUUUUAUUUCUCCCCGUUCGCUUCUAUCACCUUUCACAUACAUGGAUCGAUCGGAUAUUCCUCGUCUCGUUACUCGCUCGCGUCCUUUCUUCCCCUCACCGACUCCCCGUACUCGUCUCGUUCCUCGUUCUCGUCAUCAAUUCGCCACGUACCCGCCUCAAUUCUGGAAGAAUUCGUCGAUAGCAUCGUCAAAUUGCCGAAGUACCCCCUUCUACCCCCCUCUCCCGUCAACUACGACCCAAAGCUGGACCUCUACAUGCGAGGACAGUAUCUGAAGGAGCUAGGUUACAAUGGAGCUUCUUUGCACGAUGCCUACGAGACCUGCCGACCGGAUUGGCUCGACGACGUCCGAACCCCCCUCGCCUCGCCUCAAACCGUCUCGCCUCAACCCGCCUCGCCCCAACCCGCCUCGCCCCAACCCGCAUCAAUCGACGACAACUGGCCACCCGUCAGUCCUCUGUCCCGUCGUAUGCGGAAGUUGGAAUUCCGGCUGCAUGAUCUCUACUGGAACAUCUACUGGGAUUUUGAGGACUGGUUCUUCCAGGAGUCCGGACUAUGGUCGUGCCUAUCGAAAGUCCCGAUAGACGCCGCCUGGCAUUUGAUGGAAUUGGCUCGAGGUCUCGCCGGUUUCGCCCAGGGUCUCGCCAAGAUCUUCGUCGGUUUCGCUCAGGGUUUUGCCAAGGUCUUUGUCGCAUUAUUCUUGGGUCUUUCUGCUCUCGAAGACUUGCUUGAGGCCAUCUGGGUCUUCUUGGGCUUGGUCAGGCCUAAUGAAGAUCUGGUGUACUACCUUUGGCAGCGGGUACUCCUUUGGCAGUGGGAGUGGGAACUCGAUAUUGUCGACGAAGACCUUCCUACGGCGAUGCCCGGCGCGUAUCCCGGAUUCGAGGUGGAACGACCGACUCCGAAGACCAAGAUCGAUGUCAAUAAGGAGACCGAGAUCGACAGGAAGACCGAGAUCGACGCCGAGAUCGACACGAACAAGGAGGCCGAACUGAGCCUCGUUUAUCCUGACGGACAGACCCCUCCUGUGCCGACGCUUCGGCGAGGUCAAGAGGGUGGCAAUGUUUGUCGCUUGCUACCCCUCCUGUGCCGACGCUUCGGCGAGGUCAAGAGGGCGGCAAUGUUCGUCGGUCGCUGUGAUCCCCGCUCGUUCGUCGUCUUUCAGUCUGCCCUGCCAUCGUCUCCGGCGUAUUCCUCUCGUGUCCUUACACCUCCGUGCCAUCGCCAUCGUCCUCGCCUUCGACAUCUCGUGUCCGUCUUGGUAUCCGGCCUUCAUAACCGUCUUCGCAUUUGUCCUCGGUCUUCGUCAUCCUCGCGUUCGUCCCAGUCUUCGCCAACUUUAUUCGAUUUCGUCUUCGAUCGUCAUCACCGCGACCCUCUGACCAUGCCAUCGCCUUCGUUAUCCUCGCCCUCGCCUCUCCGUGGCCAUACCCGUCGUCGCGUUCGCCAGUCGACAUCCGUCGACAUCCAUCCAUAUCGUCCUGCAAGUCUUGACCCGGUUGUCAACACGCGGGAGUUCGGAACCCAUACCAAAGCGCUGCGCUCGAUCGAUUCAAGAUUGUACUGCAGCCAGCCAUUCGAUCGACUCCAUAUCUGCUGUGGUUUCUUGCUUGUUGACGUGCGAAAUGUCCGCCCCUUGCCGGCCGGGAUUGAGCGACCUUCCACCGAGUUCGCUUUCGAAUCGGUCAUGAAUAUCUGGAUAUCAAUCA